UCACGUCUCCCACCUAUAAAUACCGCCAUACAACGUCACACUUUGCUUGUUCUCUCUGUUUUUUUGUCUCCACCCUCCUCAUUUUUUGUUUCCAUUUAUGCACACGAGAGAAUACAAAUAUUUACACAUACAAACACAUAGUAGCAAUUUAUAACGCCAAAAUAAAUUGUUUUUAAGGAGUGGAGAAAGUCCGGCGGCUUUCGCCGGAGAAAAUUGUGCAUGUGGCGGAGAAUGAGAGGUUCUGAUUCAAUAUCAUAUCUCUGUUUGAUUCAGCCUUUAUCACCGAUUCAUUGCUGGAAUGCAUUGAGGAACUGAAGAUUUCAAUAUAUUCACUGAAAAUUCCAGAGCUUUUCGGUAAAGUGUGUUAAGUUAGAGAGAGAAAGUAAAGGAGGUGGUGAAGGAGGAAGGGCUUAGGUAAAAGAAGAAUAUAAAAAAAGAAAAAAGACAAGAAAAUGCUGACGUGUAUUACUUGCUCAAAGCAAACAAGGGAAGAUGACGGAGAAGAAAGCUCGCGUGGGACUCCCAGUACCAAAGACGCCGUCAAAAGCCUGACCUCGCAGAUUAAGGAUAUGGCGUUGAAGGUGUCCGGAAAAGGGAAGCCCGGUGAGGCAGAAGGGAGUUACAAGAAAGGCCAGAGAUCGUAUUCCGAUUUUGAUACAAUGUCGGAUGCAUAUGCACAACAGCCUGCUGGGAGCACAAGCUCCACUCCGGAUUGGGAUUUUACGAGCACAGGGCGCCGCCCUGAAUCAAGAUUCUCCGCCUCAGUCUCGGCCCAAGUAGUGGUGGAAGACGAAGAAGAGCCUAAAGAUUGGACGGCUCAAGUUGAGCCCGGUGUUCAGAUCACCUUCGUCUCGCUCCCUGCUGGAGGGAAUGACCUUAAACGAAUCCGUUUCAGCCGGGAGAUGUUCAACAAAUGGCAAGCUCAGAGAUGGUGGGGGGAGAAUUAUGAUAGGAUAAUGGAGCUAUACAAUGUGCAGAGAUUCAAUCAGCAGGCUAUGAACACUCCUGGGAGAUCCGAGGAUGGAAGAGAGUCUAGUUACUCGAAGCUGGGAUCUAGUAUGGAAAGUCCUGCGAUGACUCCAUCGCAGAACAAGGAGUGGCCUCCAACACCGAGGUAUAAAGACAGCCUCCAAGGCGCUGGGUCAAGUACGGGGAAGGGUGGGGAGAUGUCAUCUGUGGAAGCAGCAUCGAGGACCACGACCUCGUCCCGAGUCGUGUCUGUGAGCAAUGCUAGUGACAUUGAGUCGGAAUGGAUAGAGGAAGAUGAGCCUGGGGUUUACAUCACCAUCAGACAGCUUCUUGAUGGCACUAGAGAGCUUCGGCGAGUCAGAUUCAGCCGCGAGAAAUUUGGAGAGGUACACGCUAAGCAUUGGUGGGAAACUAACAGGGACAGGAUACAAACUCAGUAUCUUUGCUAAAUUGGACUUUUAUUUUGACAAAACUAAGUUAAUAUCUAACCCAAAAUGCUUGGAACAAUGCAGCUCUUUGGCUUUCCAUUAAUCUGAUUGCGUUUGUAGGUAUUUUACCACCCCUGUUUUUCAUAAAGAGUAUUUAAGCCCAUUAU